AGCAGAAGGGAGGAGAAAGGGAGGAGGAGGGUUCACAGAUCUGACGCAGUGUGAGCGGCCGCCUCACUUCCACUCCCCGCUCCCAGGAAGGAGACCCAGCGGCUCGGGAGGCUCCCACAAACACUGCGAUCUAUCCGGGCACGGAGCUCCAGAGGACGGCGCGCGGUGGCGAUGAGGACGCCCGUGAAGGACGCACUGAACCCGCGGCGCCGCGCCUCGGAUUGGGGAUCAAACCCGGAGCUGUAACCGCGUUUGUUGUCAUUGUGCGCGGAGUGGCGCAGGAGAAGAGGAUGCCUCCGCGGCCGCAGACGCUGCUCCUGCUCCCGCCCCGACGCCUCGGUUUCCCCCGACACGACCCGUCUUUUGUCUCCUCUCUGGCGGAGGGUUUGCCGUCGAGGGGCGAGCUGGUUUCUGAAGCACCCCGUCCACCAUGCUGCGCGCUCGGUCUCCAUGAAAACUCUCCAUGAUAACAAGGAGGAGGCGGCGGAGGAGGAGGCGGGGUCCGGCUGCAAAGCCAUGGAGGACAAGGAGAACGAUCUGAAAACGGCCAGGUUGUGCAGGGACGCCGCCCUCCGCUCCAGGAAGCUGCGGAGCAACCUGCGCCAGCUCACCCUCUGCUCCGAAGACAACCAGAUCGUCCUGCCGGAGGACAUCGCCGAGGUGGAGGCGCUCAAUCUGGGCAACAACUCGCUGCAGGAGCUGCCAGACGGGCUGGCAUCCACCCUCAACAACCUGCGCGUCCUCGUGCUCCGCAGGAACAAGUUCUCCGCCGUUCCCCAGGUGGUGUUUGAGCUGGUGCAGCUGGUGGAGCUCGACAUGAGCCACAACUGCCUGAGAAGCCUCCCUGAAGGUGUGGGCCAGCUGAAGGCGCUGAAGAAGCUCUGCGUCAGUCACAACAAGAUCCAGACUCUGCCGGCUCAGAUCGGAGCGCUUCAGUCUCUGGAGGAACUCGACCUCAGCUUCAACGACCUGCACGACCUCCCCGGGUCAUUCUCCAGCCUCGCCAAGCUGCGGACUCUGGACGCGGAUCACAACAAGCUGAACCGGUUCCCCCCCGAGAUCCUGGCCCUCAGCGAGCUGGAGGAGCUGGACUGCUCUGGCAACAAGUUUGAGGCGUUGCCGGCGGACGUCAUGAAGCUGCGCUCCAUCAAGAUCCUGUGGCUCAGCAGUCUCCACAUGUCCUCGCUGCCGGACUCCUUCUGUCUCCUGCACCACCUGGAGAGCCUGAUGCUGGACGGGAACGAGCUCUCGGCGCUGCCCGCUGCUUUCAGCCGCAUGCAAAGACUCAAAAUGCUCAAUCUGUCCUCUAACGAGUUUGAGAACUUCCCCCAGGUAAUUUUAAGCAUUACAGGGUUGGAGGAAAUUUACCUGAGCAGGAACAAACUGACUCACCUCCCGGAGGAAGUGGGUCAGCUGGGGAAGCUGGCCAACCUUUGGCUGGACAACAACAACAUCACGUACCUGCCCGACUCCAUCGUGGAGCUGCAGAGGUUGGAGGAACUUGUUUUACAGGGUAACCAAAUCGCCAUUCUUCCAGAUGACUUUGGGAAUCUGUCCAAAGUGAACAUCUGGAAGGUGAAGGACAACCCUCUCAUCCAGCCUCCGUACGAGGUUUGCAUGAAGGGGAUCCCGUACAUCGCGGCCUACCAGAAGGAGCUGGCUCAGGUGCAGCUCGCCGUGAAGCCGCGCCUCAAACUGGUCUUGAUGGGGACGACCAACGCCGGGAAAACCCUGCUGAGGCAGAGCGUGGUGAGCGUGCAGCAGGACGUUAAGGCCGUCCAGGGAAACAAAGGGAUCGAGGUCACGGACUGGGUGGCGGACGCUGAGCGCUGUCUCACCUUUCUGGUGUUUGAUUUGUCAGGGAAGCAAAACUACGACCUCAUCAACCCCUUCUUCCUCUCCCCCGGUGCUCUCUACGUCCUCGCUGUGAAUCUUCAAACGUAUUCGCCCGAGGACUUUUACGCCCACGUGGGGUAUUUCCUCCACCUCCUCAGUGCCAAAGUGCCCCACGCGGUGGUGUGCUUGGUGGGGACGCACGCAGACCUGUGUGGAGAGGUGGAGCUGGAGGAGAAGAGUCUGGACAUUCACAGGCAGAUCGGCCUGCAGGAGAAGAGGGACAUCCACAUCCUGAGGAGCAAGGCUCUGCAGGUGGACCAGGCGCUGGAGCAGGGCUACAACCUCCGCUCCUCCAGCCCCCACGUCCUCUUCUACGGCGUCUCCGACAGGAACCUGAGGCGGAGGAAAUCGCAGCUGCAGUACAUGCUGAACCACCGGCUGCAGAUCUUGUCUCCGGUGCUCAACGUCAGCUGCACAGAGACCCAGAGGAACAUCCAGAGGCUGAGGGAUAAGCUCAUGUCCGUCGCAGACCACAGAGACAUCUUCCCCAACCUCCACCGCGUGCUGCCAAAGUCCUGGCAGAUACUGGAGGAGCUGCACUUUAAGCCCAAAGACCUGUGGCUGUCGUGGUGGGACUCGGCCCGUCUGGGCCUCCAGGCCGGGCUCACGGAGGACCGCCUGCAGAGCGCCUUGUCCUACCUGCACGAGAGCGGCAAGCUGCUCUACUUCGAGGACAGCCUCACCCUGAAGGAGUACGUGUUUCACAAUCUUCCGCGGUUCAUUGCAAUCUUAAACGUGUUCUUCCAGAGGGAUGAGUCCUCCCUGCUGGCCAGGCUCCUCUCCGAGGGGGGGAGGGGGGACAAGGGGAGGGUGAGUCUGGUUGUAGAGGACGAGAAGGGAGAGAACCUCAAGGUGACCCAUCUGCAGCACCACGUGGAGGGCUUCCUCCAACACGGCCUUCUGCCUUCCAACGUCAUCCGCCUGCUCCUCCGGACGCUCAUCCAGACCCAGCAGGACCUCCACCUGAUCAUGGAGCUGCUGGAGAAGAUGGGCAUCUGCUACUGCAUCAACAAACCGCGCAGCCGGCCCCUGAACGGAGCCACGGCGUGGUACAAGUUCCCCAGCUACGUCAGCAGCGAGGAGCCCCGGGUGGAGGCCUCGGCCAGCGGGGGCUCCUCGCCUCCGUGCCCCUUCUUCUCCGUGGAGCAGCUGCACAUCCAGUACAGCUUCCCCUUCCUGUUUCCUCCCGGACUGUUCGCCCGCUUCAGCGUGCAGAUCAACAGCCACGUGGUGCAGAGAUCGGACGGCCGGCGGCAGAUCCUGGCCUAUCGGGGGAAAGUCCCCGUGGUGAUCAGCCACCGGCCGUCCAGAGGGAAGCUGCAGCCGGAGACGCUGUCCAUCGCCAGCCACGCCUCGCUGCCCAACAUCUGGACCGCCUGGCAGGCCGUCACGCCGCUGGUGGAGGAGCUGAACCUGCUGCUGCAGGAGUGGCCCGGCCUGCUCUACUCCGCCCACAUCCUGUGCUCCAAGUGCCUGAAGAGAGGCUCGUCCAGCCCGCACGCCUUUCCAGGUGAGCUGCUGAGUCAGCCGAGGCCUGAAGGUCUGACCGAGAUCAUCUGUCCAAAGAACGGCUCUGAGCGGGUCGACGUGGCCCUGGUCUACCCCCCGACCCCCACCGUGGUCAGCCCCUGUCUCAAGUGACCCCCCACCCCCCCACACUGAAUGCAGCUCACUGGAUCACUGCCUCACACGUAGGUUGCUCCUCCUGCUGGUUGCUCCUCCUGCUGGUUGCUCCUGCUGCAGGUUGCUCCUCCUGCAGGUUGCUUCUCCUGCAGGUUGCUCCUGCUGCUGGUUGCUCCUGCUGCAGGUUGCUCCUCCUGCUGGUUGCUCCUGCUGCAGGUUGCUCCUCCUGCAGGUUGCUUCUCCUGCAGGUUGCUCCUGCUGCUGGUUGCUCCUGCUGCUGGUUGCUCCUGCUGCAGGUUGCUCCUGCAGGUUGCUCCUCUUGCAGGUUGCUUCUCCUGCAGGUUGCUUCUCCUGCAGGUUGCUCCUGCUGCAGGUUGCUCCGCCUGCUGCAGGUUGCUCCACCUGCUGCAGGUUGCUCCUCCUGCAGGUUGUUCCUCCUGCAGGUUGCCCUUCCUGCUGGUUGCUCCGCCUGCUGCAGGUUGUUCCUCCUGCAGGUUGCCCUUCCUGCAGGUUGCUCCGCCUGCUGCAGGUUGCUCCUCCUGCAGGUUGCCCUUCCUGCUGGUUGCUCCUCCUGCUGCUGAUUGCUCCUCCUCCUGCUGGUUGCUCCUUCUGUGGACUUUGACCUGUUUCUGGACAAGAAGACGUCUCCUCUCUCCUCUCUGGACAAGAAGACAUCUUUUUGAGUUAUUGAGUUAAGAAGUUUAGAGUUAUUAUAAUAUUUAUUCCACAUGUUUUACUGCACCAACAAUACUACUAUCAUUGUACAAAUACGUUGUUUCAAGUAAAAGUCCUGAAAUCAAAGUUUUACUUUCAGCAUCAAAAUAUACUGAAAGUACCAAAGAUUCUCAUAAUGCAGAAUAAUAUAUAUUUAAAUGUUUUUUAAAGGUGCAGCUUAUUUUAUAUCAUGUAUAAUAUUACAUCAUUUAUUAGUGUAUUAAGUACCUCAUGAAUCUACAAAAGUACAUUCAUUAUGAAAAAUACACAAAAUAAUGAUAAAUAGAAAAUACAUAAAAUCAAAAAAGGGACAAAUUAAAUAAAUCAACGCCUCAUCUGCUUUAUUUUAUUAUAUAUAUUUAAAUAUAACAAAAUAAAAUAAAGCAGGUGAGAGGUGUUGAUUUAUUUAAUUUGCUGUGCCACACCCUGUGUAAUGCUAUGCCAAGAAAAGUCUCCUGUGUGUGUGUGUAUAUA